GACAUUCAGCUAGGUAUUUGCCACACUAUCGCCAUACUCACGUGCUCCCGCAUCCUUAGUCAUGACGUGCUAUCUCUCAAGAGCGCCUUUGCCUCCCGGCACCUUCACAAAUGCUAGACUUCCUAUUGUCAAGUAUUCUAUUCCAUCAUGAGGGAAUACAGCUCGUCUGAAGCAUGCUGUACCUGCGCAACAUUGCUGUCGUCUAUUCCUCCAACCUACGAUGAAAAGACAGAGAAGCCGUCGCAAUACGAGCGUCGGCUCGAUUGCUGCGGGCGUGCCAUUUGCGCUCGCUGCUUGACUGACAACCCUCGAUUCGCCAAUUACUGUCCGUACUGCCAGAUAUCAACCGGUCCUUCUCCGCUGCCAGCGCAAGGCCUACGCGAUCCUCCUACCUACACGCCACAUCCCAACGAGCAAGUAGACGAUGAGCUGCCGGCAUACACAGCGCACAAUGCCCUACAGCCGCCACCAGAGAAACCUGCGAGCAUAGAGAAUGCGCCUGAUGUCCUGCACUUCGUCGACCAGAACAACGACUCGAUAGCAUCGUUGUCGCUCGCUUACGGCGUGCCUCCAGACGUCUUGCGGCGGACAAACAAGAUGUUUGCAGACCAUCUGUUAGCGGCGCGGAGGACCAUAUUGAUACCAGGAGAAUAUUACAAGGGCGGGGUUAGUCUCAGUCCUCGGCCGUUGGAAGGCGAGGAGGAGGAGAUCAAGAAAACCAAGUUGAGAAAGUUCAUGGUAGGGUGUAAAGUCGCUGAGUAUGAUGUCGCGGUUCUUUACCUCGAGCAAGCGAAUUAUAACCUCGAGAACGCCAUAUCCGCUUUCAAGGCUGAUGAGAAAUGGGAGAAGGAACACCCCCUGCAGGCGGCGAAGAAGGGUAAGGCACCCGUGCCGCAGGGAUCUGGAAGACGGCGAUGGUUCGGCGGGAAUGGUGGCGGAAUAACUGGUCAACUAUAGAAGCUGCAUAUGUUCGCAGCACCCCGCCGUCCAAGGGCAGCAACACGGGCGUUCGGCUAAGCUUGACUUUCAUGUUCACUUUUGCGUUGGAGCGCGAGCUUUGCAGCAUCUGGAUGGCGUAACUGACAUGUAUAGACAUUUCAACGCAACUUCCAAGUUCGAUUGAUACUUUUAUGCCUGAA